AUGAAUCCAGUUAGUCCCUUUCUCGCGGCAUUGGCCGAACAAUGUCUUCUGUUCUACCUCGGCCGACACAGUGAAGAUGGAAUACAAGCGGAAACCCAAGAGGGUUGUGUCAGCUUCAGCCUCCACAGACUUGUGAUGUCAGCGAUAAUUGACAAGUGGGACCAAGGAGACGGUGAUCGCGCUACGUUGACAGACUCCAAGAAUCAAAUCGAUGCCAUCUUCUCGCGAGAAUCGCUUAAUGAGCACGAGGCCAAUUUCCCAUGCCCAUCAACGAUUAAAGACGGACCCAAAAGACAGCUGAUUGAGCUUCUUGAUGUGAAGCUGGCUCUUCUGUACUCGACAAGCUCCCCCGAGAUCGAGCUUCGCGUCAAUCGUUUUCGCAUACGUUGGGAUAAGGUCACAAAAGGAGAGCCUCCUAAACCCAAGCUAAAAAAAACUCCACUUAUAAAAAAUCUCAUAAGGGAAGCCUGUCAGAGAAUACAGUCAGCUUCCGCUGGUGCCAGACCCAAUGGUCAAGCAGAUGUUGUCUUGGCUGGGCCUUCAAUAUCCCAAUUCCAUCAACCAACCCCUCCUGGCUCUCAGGUUGAAUCGAUGGGAUCGCAACUGUUUUCCCAAGUUUUGCCUAAUGCCAACCACGACGCACGACGAGACAACUCUAAAAGAAAUCGCGUUUGUCUCGACAAGGACACCAUUAUUGGGCUCUUGAGACCUUCUGCCGCUUUGGGAAAACCUCAAGUUGAUUCAUAUAGCCCAUCGCUGGGAGUUAGUAACAUCAGGCAGUCCCCGUCACAGAAUAGUAGUAUACCGGUUGAAUCAGGAGCACACUCCUCGCAUGGACUGACGAACACACCAGCUGAAGGUGCAUGCGCUGAUGAAUUCGAUACUGAAUCUCCCCAUCUCAAUACCAGUGCGCAUAUCGCUGAUUCGAUGGUCAUUGAGAAGCAACCUACGUAUUCUUCAAUUGGUCUCGUUGAUCGAGACGAGACUGCAAGUGAGGAUAUCCGACAAAGUCAAGUACUCUCAAAGAAAAGACAACGUUCCAGCACGGGUGUACCUUUACAGGCAUCUUUUGAUGACAAAGAUCCCCAGGCGCAGCCAAAGCUGGUCAUUCAGGCGUCAGCAAACAAACGACAGCGUACUGAUACUGGGGACCUGACUCCAAAGGACUUGAAAGGAAUCAAAGAGGGCCUGGGUGAGCUUGAGCCCGAGUCCGUGCUUUCCGGGGUAGCAAAUGUGCCCAUGCAGGACCCAUCGCCAGAUCCAUGGAAUGGAAUGACAAAGAUAUCGACAAAUGAUGUUCAUAUUCCCAAAGAGCAAAUCAAUCUUUUUGAGCCACUUGUGUGGGUCCAACUAGGCUCUAGCGAACCUGCACCGUUGUGUCAUGUACCACCCAGACUUCUGUCGAGAUGGAACGAUGUUGCUCAAAGAAGAAAGUUCCUGGCAGAGAAGGAGGAUCAGAAGAUUGUUCAUCCGGUCCAAACCCAGCAAGAAGAGGACGGGACUGAAUCUGUCGCUGACUUGGUAAGCCAAGGUUCAGUAAUCGUUUCUUGGCCGUCUUCACCUGAAAGGCCCCCUAGAAAGAACCUCCCAUCCAACAGCCCGCCCCCUUCGAGGAAAUCCAGGAGCAUCAAUAACUGCACGCCGAGCGGCACUCAAUCUAGCGCAUAUCAAACUGCAGAAGAUGGUGAUGUAAAUGUUGUGAAUGGAUCUCGUGCUAUAUCUCAGUCCGCGCAGGAGAUUGACGCCUUACAAAAUGCUCUAGAAAUCGUCGCUCAGCGCAAGUCCCAGCCUCGUGAAGAGUCAACGAUAAUCCCAGAGGAGGCAAGAUCCCAGUCUCAAGGCCCUGGUGAUAAUUCGUCUCAAGAGCACGUUCAUUCCGGAUUAGGGACUGACGAUGAGGAACAAGAACCAACCCCAAUUCAAGAGGGUCAGGGUGGAUUGCGUUCAGAAAGCCCCCCGGCUCUCUCAGAGAUCCUUCUACCCGAGUCAAGUGGCGAUGAGAGUGAUGAAGCCGAGAUGGAGACAUGCGUUCCCUACGGUCUUGGGGCAAGUAUUCCACCGAGCAGUCAGCCUGAGCAACGAAUGGACAGCUCGGGGAAUAGCUCCGGUCCAUCACUUCUAAGACCCAAUAUGAGAGGCGUUCAAGUUGUUGAGACGCCUACCAUCAAAAUGACUCGGUUGCGCUGCGAGAAGGAAUAUGACAAUGCAAUUGAACCGGAAGUUUCAAAUACCCAGCGGCGAUCAUCCCAAGCGGCCAAUACAUCCUCUGAAACUCGAAUUCUCGCGACUUACCACUCGCAGGAAAUUUACGCGCAAGAUGACUCUUCUCAAAAGGCACCAAAUUCAUCUUUGCCGAUCGAUGGCGAAUCUCUUCGGGUGGACGUGCUAGGCACUCAGACCCAAACCAGCAGCUUAAAUCCGACUUCGCAAGAAACCCCCCAGUCUCACACAGAAGUUGUGCUUAAUUCUUCAAAGACUUCUCGGCGCCAGUGGGACUCCUCUAUGUUCAGCUCACAGCCGUCUGCCAACCCUUCAUCUAUUCCCUUUUCUAGCUCUCAUCCGCAGUCCAUGUCCCAACUAAACGCACCAAGUCAGAAUUCCAUGAGAGAAUUUUCUUCUCUUGAUGGCGCAACGUACUUCCCAGACACUUCUCUGUGUGGUUCAUCCGUCUGGACAGCUCCUGAUGCAGAGUCGCCAUCGAGAUCUCCUAAAGUCGGACUAAAUGAAAGUAUUCAUGAUACUGAGGUGGCGUUACAAAAUUUAAAUGGUGAGCUGGUGGCACGGCGUCAGAGCUUUAUCGACAAGCCUGACGAGACCGCCCAAGCCUUGAUGUAUUAUGAGAAAUUCUGUAAUGACUAUCAGUCAUACUCUGGAGAAUUUACACAUUUCGUCGAGACAUGUGCCAAGCUGCAGGGCCUACGAGACACUGGCGCGUUGAAACGAUCAUUUCUGUGGGACGACUUUGUUAUCCUAAAUCUCGAAGAUUAUCCGCGCCACAUAGAAGAGUGCGCAUCGCAAGAGUCCAAGGCAUUAGUCUACGAAGACUUCUUUUGCUCAAAAUUUUCAAGGCCCCGGCACAAGAAACGAAGCCUAACCACUCGCGCAAUUAGUGUGGCAGCAUCUCAAUUCAUUCCACCUUGCUCAACAACUUUGCCAAAUCAACCACCAUCAUGCCCUGCAUUUACCAGUGAAGGGGUAGACCCCUCUUUCAGGGCCAGUAUUGUGGACAAACUAUCAGAUCUCCACACUGAUUCAUUUGAUAAUGCGAGUGCCAGUGGCUUUUCCGCUGAUACAAGCACCAACGUCGGUGUCCUUCCUGCAACGCAGCCUGAAGUACAAGUCAAAUUGGAACAAGACAUUCCCAGCAAUGGACUAUCAGGCUCUCAGGCUCCUACAUCGCGUAUCGGUGUCCAAUAUCCUGUGCUUCCCAGCUCAGAACAGGAUAUUGUGGAUUUAAUGCAAUUUGACAAGGAUGACAUACAGGUCAAGCAUGCAAUGAGCGAUUUUGACAUGAGCGAAGCCGAUGACUCUCAAGAGGUAUAUCGUACCCACCACAGAACCGCAAGCAUUGAACUUGGCGAUGACAAUGAGGACCGCCGUAGCUCUCACGUUUCUUUCCAAGCUUCGCCAGAGGCUUCUAUCACAUUCGCCGCUCCUGCUCAACAUGUCCAACAAGAGGGACAAAGACCACGCCCCUGGUUUCGAUCUCUCAGAAACAUAUUCCCUACUGGUCCUGUAUGGUCCGAUGACCCCAAUACGCCUUUCAAACGCUGGGCUCGAGAAGACCAAAAUGUACUCCAAGAGCUUAAUCGCCGUGGAGGGGCCAAGAUCCAACUCGACGAUAAAGGCGUCAUCUGCCGACCUACCUACAAACGAGAACAGGGCCCUAAAUCAUCGUGA